GAGACGCGGCGGAUGGUCGCCGGCCGGUCCUUGCUCUCUCGCGCCCUCUACCGGCUGGAGAAGCUGCAGCUGGGAGCACGUUCACUCACACAAAAGGCGACUCAGCUCUGGCUCCGUGAGGAUUCCCGUGCACAGGAAGAGCAACUGCGCGCAUCACGAUGAACCUCACCGCUGAAAACCACCGCGUGCGGCUGAGUGAUGGGAACAGCAUCCCACUGAUUGGGCUUGGCACCUAUGCUGACCCCAAAAAGACCCCCAAGGGCACUUGUUUAGAGUCUGUGAGAAUAGCCAUCGAUGUAGGCUACCGCCACAUCGAUGGUGCCUAUGUGUAUUACAAUGAACACGAAGUGGGGCAAGCCAUCCGAGAGAAAAUUACUGAAGGAAAGGUCAAGCGAGAAGAUAUAUUUUACUGUGGCAAACUGUGGAACACAUGUCACCCUCCUGAUCUUGUGCGACCAACUUUGGAGAGGACCUUAGAUAUUCUGAAACUUGACUAUGUUGAUCUCUAUAUCAUUGAACUGCCAAUGGCUUUUAAGCCUGGAGAGGCCAUUUAUCCUUUGGAUGAAAAUGGGAAAUGGAUCUACCAUGAAACAAACUUGUGUGCCACUUGGGAGGCUUUGGAAGCAUGUAAAGAUGCUGGCUUGACAAAAUCCAUUGGUGUGUCCAACUUCAACCGCAGGCAACUGGAAAUGAUCCUGAAUAAACCAGGACUUAAGCACAAACCGGUCACCAACCAGAUUGAAUGCCACCCAUAUUUUACCCAGCCCAAACUCAUAGAAUUUUGCAGACAGCAUGACAUUGUUCUUGUGGGAUACAGCCCUCUAGGAACAUCAAGAGAUGAAACCUGGGUCAACGUAUCUUCCCCUCCUCUCCUGGAGGACCCGGUGCUGAAUGCCAUUGGAGACAAGUACAACAAGACAGCUGCACAGGUGGCUCUGCGCUUCAGCAUCCAGCGAGGGGUGGUGGUCAUUCCCAAAAGCUUCAACUCGGAGCGUAUUAGGCAGAACUUCCAGAUCUUUGACUUUUCCCUCACUGACAAGGAGAUGAAGGAGAUUGAAGCACUGAACAAAAAUAUUCGCUAUGUGGAGAUGUUAAUGUGGAAAGAUCACCCUGAAUAUCCCUUCCAUGAUGAAUACUGAAACUAGGAUGCUUCCAAGGAUAUAUUCUCACUGUAGUUGACACUUUUUUUCUCAUUUUCGUUUCUUAUACUGGCAAAAUUGUACUCUCUCAUCAUAACGCGCAAUCAUUCCCUCAAUACGAUCACUUAUGAAUAUGUAAACCAAGGUGCCUUCAGAAGAGCAACCCAGUUUUCACGUGCACCUAAUUUUAGAGAUUAUGGCCCUUACUCAUGGAACACUUACCUCAGGCCUUUUAGCUGCAUGGUGGGGCUGUAGUGUGACCUCCUUGCAUUCCUCUGUUUACACGCAAGGAGGCAGCUCAGUCCUCCUUCGCAGCUAGUCUCAAUGGGCAUUUGUUUCCUGGUUCUCUUAACUCUGCCCCUCUUAAAGGCACAGAUCUCAUAACACUCAGUAGUCCCAAUACUACAGAGCUGAUAUUUUCCCCUCUCCUCCGGGCUCUCUCUCAGCCUCUCUCUCCCUGCUGCUGUGGGCGAGAGGCUUGGUUUUUUUUUUUAGAGUCUUGUCUGAAAAAAGGUUUUUUAAAACUCUCCCAAUAAUCAUGGGGAGGUGUGGGUUGGGGCCAGAAACAGACCCUGCUUGUGCUGUUCCUUGCAAAAGCCAACUGUGUUAUAUCGAUACAUUGAUAUAUUAAAAUGAGCAUUAGAGAAGCAGGAAUGAGCCAGCAACAAUGGGGUAAAGGGGAAGCCAUGAAUGACAGUGUGAGGAGUGGGAAGUGUGGAGCUAGGCAGGGCAGAGGGAAGAGGUCCACGGCUAAGCUGUGCUCACUGGAAAAUCUCCCUGCUCUGGGGCAAACCAAAAUUAAACUCAUGCUACAAGUGGUCUUGCCUGCCCCAAGACUAGAAAGUACAAGCAGAGCUUGAGGAAAUACAUCUGUACAAGAAAUCUUGCUGCAACAGACAUUUGCAACAGACAUUUGCCCCCAUUACAGAGCAGAUGUUUUGUGCAUAAUCAGCCUGUGACUCACAUUUUGAAGAAAAGGGGAUAAGUCUUCUGCCUUAAACGCUGGAUUCUACUUUUUCACUACUUUUCUCAAAUACAUCAGGUGCUACAAAUUUUUAAAGAAUCUCUCUGUUUAAACUGUCAGAUGCAAAGUCAGAAAAUGUUGCUUGAGGUAGCGGUUACUCGAAACAAAUGGUAUGAUUUUGGGAAGCAGAAUUCUUUAAAAGAAUAAAGGUAUCUUCUUCUAGGUCAAAA